UCUGAAUAAAAAAUGUGAUCCCUGAUAGCUUUCAUGUAUUCAGUCACUUCAGUCAGUGUGAGGAUGAUGAUGAACGUCUGCAGCCGCCUGUUGGCCUCGUUUGUUCUGUGCUGUGCCGUCGCUGCAGACAUAAGGCACAGAUACGUCAGGGAGAAGCAGUCCAUCGCUCUGCCCUGUCCUCCGUCUGUGGAGGGAAACGUGACGUGGAGCAGAGAGACAAAUGGAAGCAAAGUUGACAUACUGACAGCUGAUGGUGACGGAGGAAAGACAGACAUCCAUGACCCGGACGGACGAUACAGUUUACUGCCAUGUAAAUCACUUGUCAUUUACAGAGUCGCUGUCUCCGACGCUGGAAAAUACUUCUGUAACAGCGAGCCAGCUGUGCAGCUGACCGUGCUCAACUAUGCUGCUCCGAACCACCAGAAACCAGCUCUUGGUUGGAUGUUUGGAAGACCUACCCUCCCCCUCCUCAUUACCUUCAUCAUCAUCACUAUCAUCCUCCUCAUCCUCUUCACGUCCACUGGGAGGUGCAGGUUCAACAGACCAGUGAAUGAAGGCAAACAGCAUGUGUAUGAAGAGAUAUGGGAUGAUUUAAAUUGUCAGCCUACACAUGGUAGAGCUUACUCCAUGGCGACCUUUGCAGGUACACCACAGCUUAACGACUCUGCAUAUGUUUGACUGGAAAAAAGCCAAAAACACCAGGAAACAACAAAAGUGACUGGGGUCACAACAGGAACCUGACAUCACUCAUGACCACCGAGUGAAAGCCAAUGAAAUCUGACCAGAACAUUAAGUCAGGGAGGAGUUUCACUGGCACAUCAGACAGUCCUGCAGGAGUGAAGGGACCUCAGGGUGACUCGCCUCCGUAACACAACGAGCUGCUAAUCACGACAACUUUCAGUUUCCAGUUUUGUCAUUCAAAAUGUC